CCUUCUCACCACUACCCCACCCCAGUCCCCCUCACACACGCAUGUGGAACACACUGCAGCUGGAAGAACUUUAGAGUAAUUCUCAGAGGACUUGCUCGUUCACCCACUUCCUGUUUCACGCCCUUCAGGGAUUUCCACUUAACGAGCCCUCGAGAGACGGCGAGGCGUAAAAAAAGAGAAAAGAAAGAAAUUGUGAGCAGAGCCCCGGUACUGAUUAAACCCCGACGCUGUAUACGGAGUAUUUUUUAAGGAAUCGAAGGAAGGAAGGAAGGAAGGAGGUUUGAUGUAGAACAAUGAAAGCGAUGUAAUUCUCCAGUAGCGUGCUGGUUAUAACGGAUAAAACACCCAGAAUGCACCCGGAGUAAACGACGUUCACGAACGAUGGCGAUGGUGAAAAUACCCAAACAGGAAAUGAUCCAGUGCGACCGAGCUACUUCCUAUCCACGGUUCUCACGUGUCCUCUCGAGGUUCUAAUUAGGCGUCACGUUUGCGUGCGCUAGCCUCGUAUCUGACUAACAUGCACAGAUGGGACGCUUUGUCGUGUUCGUUUGCUGUCCCAGUGGAACCGAACCUUCCCCUGACUUCUUAGCCAAUCAGAGUAAAGGCUCGUGAGUAUGCACAAGUGCACUCGCACCACCGUGUAAAACACUGCGAUGGAUGCCAAGCUUCGAGACGAUUUGUUCCGGAGGUACGUGGCGUUCCUGGAGAAGCGGCUGGAAGAAGGAGCCGGCGGAGCUCAGGGAGACGCUCGGGAGGAAGCUCUGGUCUCCACGGCGACCGCCCUGCUCGGGACAUGCGAGGCGGAGGCGGGGCAGCGGUUUCGCACCUUCCGCUACUACGACCUCGUCGAGAAUUCGCUGAGGGGGCUGAGAGGAGCCAACCUGCACGCGCUGGAGAACGCCUUCGCCACGCUGGAGACCAUCUGCACCAACCUGCUGCUCUUCCCCUGGAAGAAGGAGUUCCGCUGCAUCAAGACAUUCACAGGUCCGUACGUGUACCAGCUCCAGUCGGCCAUCUGUGACUCGGACCUCCGCUCGAUCCUGCGCUCCAUGGGUUACGCUCGGGAUCAGGACCUGCAGUACGUGAUGAGAGAUCAGCAUGCCACCGGCGCCACCCAUCACCUCCGCCAGCUGGCGUUCGAGCUCCUCCUGGCGCAGGCCGAGUGCCGCCUGCUGAGGGAGCGAGGAGGGGGCGUGGCCGAGCUGGAGGCCGUGGAGGCGCGCAGGAGCUCCGGCGAAGACCUCACGCGCUUAACGGCACGCCAGCCCGACCUGGACAGAGCCCACCUGAGGCGCAGCGGGCGUCCUUCCAAAUCCGUAGACGUGACGGACGGCGCUGGUCACUGGCACCAAGCCAACAAACCCGUUCUGAAAACGUCCCUCAGCCUUCGCAAAGAACCGCUAUUCGUAGACGCCGAGGAGGACCUGAAAGACGAGAUCCUUCGCCCCGUCGGCGAUUAUUACCCCUCCCAGUCGUCUGAGCCCUACCCCUACCAGCUGUCCUCUCUAGACGAGGUCGACCUGUACACCGAGCGCGGCGUGAGCGGCCGUCACACGCCCUCCAGGACGCCCAGCAGGGAAUCCUGGGAAUCCUGGGCACCCAAGAGUCACGGAUUAAAGUGUCAGGGAUGCGGCCUGAGCUCUCCGACGCUCUCGUCCUGCCAGAGGUGCGACGCCAUCCUGUGCCCCACGUGCCACGGAUCGGACCCGGCUCCCUGUUGCGGCGUCCCGGACUUCCCUAAAAACUCCUUGCGCCCCCUGGACGGAUACGUCCCCGUCAAGGAGAAGCUUUCGGUUUACUCCAGCUCACACCCACACACACACACUCACACUUUGACACACACACACCCGCUCUCGCACUCCCACUCGCCUCUCCUGGACAAGCCCAUGAUCGGAACCAAGCUGUUCCUCAGCAAGCCGUCCUCGCCCGGGGUCUCUUCCACGUCCGGCGCCGCGGGAUCCCGCUGCGGCUUCUGCAACAAACCGGGAGCCUCGCACACGUGCGUGAAUUUCAAGAUCUCGUGCGACACGUGUACAGGCCUGUACAUGGGCGACGUGUGCACGCGCAAGAGCCUCCACCACAACUUCAUUCCCAACCACCAGCUCAACUACAAAUCCAGCACCAUCUCUCAUCUGGUGUACCGAUAAACAUAAACACUCUUCUUUUUUUUUUCUUCCCUCUUAUCUUUUAUCUUUCUUUCUGUUCUGUCCUUUCAUCUCCCCGGGUCAUGUGAUCGUUCUUAUCGUUCUUCCCAGUCCUUGACCUUUACUCUCCUCUGCUGUGACUUUCUUUAUCAAAAAAAAAAAAAAAAAGAAUACCUGAAAAAUGGGGAGAAAAAAAAUCGGACAAUGACAUAUGCAAAGAAGACGCUUGAACAAAACCUGAACAAAUCACACACACACACACACACACACACACACACACACACUGGAAAUUCAGUAGUAUAUAUUUUGAACCUAUAGAUUCUAUGUGGACAGGUUUUUCCGGCAUCGUGAAAAAAAAAAAAAAAAAAGUUUCGGAUUCAGAAAUUAUUUUCACGUGUCCCAUGAGACUGUCCAAAAUGCUGCUGUGAAAUAAAUCAGGUGGAGAAAGUCGA